AUGUCAGGCAGCUCCGAACGAUUCGCUACUACCAAGCACAGCCGGAGUGAUAGCGGCGUUAGUCGCAGUUGCGAGGACGAUUACGAAGUAGAUGAUGCAGUCGGAAAGGGUAUCGGUGGAGAGGAAGAUAGAUUUGAAAGAGAAGAAGACGAAGAAGAGGGGUACACGGUGAAUGUGGACGAAGCUGAAGUGAGCAGGAUGCGUCCAAGACGGGUAGCACAAGAAUUUCCAGCUUCCUCUUGCCAAACGCCAUCUAAACCUGUACCCCUCCUGCUUGCCGGGUUGGCGGGUGUGUUGUCUGAGUGCUGGCAUCCGAAUCCCGGGGCUCGAGUGACCGCGUUGCGUGUGAAAAAGAAGCUGCAACGUCUCGCCAGCCACAUUUGCCUUGAAUCGGCUGCCAAAGCCGGCGUCGCUGUCAGUGCUGCCGAAUCCACACUUCCCUCGGCCGGCACAGCCUGUCAUUCACACCUUCAGCACACUAAGCUGCUUGUGCCAGACUCACCAGUUGCCUGUACAACUGCUUGCCAACUGAGGACUUCCAGCGCAUCUGCCCUGUCCUCUGUAGCAGAACAAUCGUCGCAGAGGUCUGCUCAUCUGCCGGAUCGUGAUCCGGUGAUUUCGGCCGCAAAGCCGCCACUUGCGGCCAUUCAGGACUGGACUGAGCUGCCAGAUGAUAGGAGCAAGGAGGAAAUCUGUUGGAAUCAGGACAUGGGGAUGAAUCAGAAGCCGAUCUCGUCGUCUCUUGAACAGUUCGACUCGAAAAAGACAGUUUCCAGUUGCGGUGAACUCCUGUCGUCGUCCAAAGUGCUGCCCACGCCUCCGACGCAUUCGGCAUUACCAUCGGAUCAGCACAAUCAUGAUCUUCGGCCUCUUCUGAUCCACGAUCUUCUUCUGUCCCACGAUCAACCUUCGUGGACGACACAUCAUUCGGACGGUGAAUGCUUUCACACGACCAUUGGCCCGUUAAAGCGCCACCACAGUCGCUCACACACCUCGACCGACCAGCAGAAAUCUACCAAGAUUCCGCUUCACUAUGGCCUCAAGGAGGAACAUGUAUCGGACAAACGAAUAACAUGUGACCCAACGACACAUGAGCCCACUUCCCCUCCCGCCAGAGGCGUCCUCCCCUCCGCCGAUAGACUGUCCGACCGACUUCCGGUAUCACAGUUCCCAGGGCUGCCUACCUCUCAGAUUUCCUCCUCCUCCUCCCCCUCCUUGUCAUCAUCAUCAUCAUCAUCCUCGCCGCCGUCUCUGUCAUCCUCCGCCUCUUCCUGCUAUCGGGCCAGGCCUUCAAGUCUACCAAAGCCAUGGCCGGUCUGUUCGUCAUCGCCUGGACUCUGUUCUCACAGACGUCAGGGAAAUUCGGCCGCUCAACGGCCAGAUGAACAGUUGCAUUUUCAUCGCUUAGCGCACAGACGUCUUCUGUAUGGUCACAUACAGGAUUCCGGCAAAGAGAAUGCCCGACCUCGGCAGAUUCUACGACACCGGCACCAUCGGUACAGGCAACAGUGCUUGCGUCUGAGUCGUUCGUGCCAUUUCUCGCCUCCGCUUCUGGACCAAUCCAUUUCCGGCCGAUCUGACGCCGAUGCCAACAUGAACUGGCGCCGCCAAGGGGCGAGAAAGGAGAAGAAAGAACCGGAAAAAGAGACCGUCUUGACGCCCAACCGGGCCGAGGGGACGGCAGCCAAUCAGAGGGCCCGGGGCCAGGGGUCUGGGAGAACGGGGCGAGCCAAUCAGGGCGAUGCAGUGGGCCAAUUUGAGCCAAUCAGGCGGUCGGAUUUUGGCCGCCUCGGCAUGGUCGGAGAAGAGGAACUCGUGUUGGCGAGACAGAGGCCGGGCAAACAAUGGUACCAGCCGAGCGAUCGCGCAACUCGCCGGCAAAGACGUCGGGUUCGAGACCCUUGUGGCCUGUUGGCCGAACCUACCAUGCUACAAACAGCCUCAAAUGAUGGCUGGAUCCUCAGAUUCGGCCACUCUAGACGCUUAACCGUCCCCACCCCACCCACCUUUCUGCGUUCUGUACAUACUUCCACGAGCCCAGAUGGUCUGCGAACUCUGCUCCAUGCCCCACCGGUACCGGUACCGAUACCGGGCAAGAGCAGACAAAGAUUUUUUCCUUCACCAUUCCGGUUUCAGACAUCAGAACCAAGUGCUCAUUCGCCAGUCUGCCAAGUGGAUGAAUGGGCUGCACUUUCAAAUGGCGGAUGA